GACAGCGGUCGCUGGAGUUGACAGCUACUGCGCAAGAUCCGCAGAAACGGGCCACUUCCGCUGGCACUUUGCGUAACACAAUGUGCGCGCGUGUGCGUGAAAGCCGCAUACGUAUCGGUACAGGGGUGCGCACACGCACACCACCGUAACCUUUUCACUGCACCCGAGGGUUCGAGGUAACGAAAAUUGCUACCAACGUUCACUGUUCUUCGAUAAGUUGUCGACCGCGUUUUGAAGUCCUUCAGGUACCAGUAAAACCUAAACUCAAAAACAACAUCAUCAUGUUCGUCUCGUCGGCUGCCCGCAUUGCCCCAGUUGCCCGAAGCCUGGUCCUGAACGGAACCAAGGCGUACAUCCGACCGAUCAGCAGCGCCAUCAUCUCCCAGAGCCAGACGCUCGCUGCCCAGAACACAGCACCAGUCGCUCUGUUGCCACAGGUCCGGUCAUUCCAGACUACCCCGGUCACCCGUGACAUUGAUUCUGCUGCCAAGUUCAUCGGAGCCGGUGCAGCCACGGUUGGUGUUGCCGGAUCUGGUGCCGGAAUCGGAACAGUAUUCGGAUCGCUGAUUAUCGGUUACGCAAGAAACCCGUCGCUGAAACAGCAGCUGUUCUCCUACGCUAUCCUGGGUUUUGCCCUGUCUGAAGCCAUGGGUCUGUUCUGUCUUAUGAUGGCUUUCCUGCUGCUGUUCGCUUUCUAAACUACUUAUCUCCCCACCCCCCUUACCCCUUCUACAUAAUCGGACGCAAACCCCGGUAUUCUUAUGUGUAAAGGAGAAGCGAAGGAGAAACAAACAUCCCGCCCCCCCGUCUAAUCAUCCCCCCCCCCCCCAUUACGAACGAACCAUUUUACAAUCCAAGUCAUCCCGUUCCGUCGUUCCCGCUCUGUAUUUAAGUGCCGGUCGUGUUUUCUUUCCGAAUCGUGACGAGUUAGAUAGUUUCGGGAGUUCUGGAAAAGGUAAUUGCAAGAACUGUAGGAAGUUAAGGGAAAAGGAGGGAGACAGUGUGUGUCAUAACUGUCUUGCUCGAAGGGAAAAGAAACAAGUCCUAACUCUAGGAAGAAAAGUUCAAAUUAUGCAUUCUUAGGUGGAAUAAACAAUCCAAAACACACACCACCAUCACAACACAUUUAUAGCAGGUGCUACGGCUCCUCGAAGCUUUUCGAAAUCGAUAACGACGCCCAAUAAUAUCGCGCGCGCGGAAGACAGGAUUACAUUUAGAUGUAGCAGUGAGAACCGGGCGGACCACACAGGGAACGCAACAGAGCAACAUCCGUCUGUUGUUGCAAGCAAACAAACAAGAAAAACGAGACUAAAGCAGCCAAAAACAAAUUAUAAUCGCUUUUUUGUUUCGCUCGUGUUGCGUGCGUGCGUGUUUGGCCACAGUUCAGAACUGCGGCUGGAUGCGUGUCGCCCGGCCGCUGCCAUUUCGGUACGCGAGCGGAACAUAAGGCCUGAAGGAUCUCGGAACAACGAUUAUGACCGCUUCAAAGGCAGUCACCAGGGAAAGUGUUAAAGAAGGACGAGUUUAGCCAGCGCGCCCCCAUCCGGCCACACAUCGAUCGACACACCCGCCCCAUCAGACUCACACACAGACACAGCCACGGAUGGUCAUCUUCAUUUCGGGUUUCCCAACACCACCAUCCCCCCCUCUCUCUCUGUAGACCCGUGAAGCCGGGAGUACUGGCUUUCCGGGAAAAUUUUUGUGUUGAAAUUUAUUUUUCAAAUUUCACAUCGCGUAACGUAACGCGCGCGUGUGUGUUUGUUCUGUUGUGUGCAUUUUUGGGAGGAUUUGUACGCAACUCACAACAGACACACACCGACCUAGAACAUGGGUACAGAGUCUAAACAAAAGGAGUGUUCAAACCAGGAGAUUCUCUUCCUGGGGCGAGAGAGAAUCCAGAAUGUGGGUGCCACCGGGGAAUGUGCAUGAGAGGGCGGGCCCGGACAUGGGGUGAUGCAUCCUUUCCCUGUGUUUUUUUAAAGAACAUCCAACAAUAUCGGACAUUUUCUGUGUUGUGUGGCACAAGAAAAUGAGAGUAAGAAACGCGCACGUUAGAAAAACAUAAGAAGGCAGCGAGUGGUGAUCCAAAAAAACGUAAAUAAAGAAUGAGACUAGUUACUGGUACAAAACUAAACGAGAAAA